AUGCCGGAGGAAGCACCGGUGAUAAGGACGACCUUGCCUGAGACGUCUUCGGAGAAUAUGGAGUUGACAAAUGAGAGGAAGAGCUUGAGACACUGCAAUGGGGGCACAAAGAGCAAGAGGGAGAAGAAGGUCGCCGGAGGUGCUACUAAGUUGAGGAAUUGGUGGAUCAAAUCCAUGGCCUCUUUUCGAGAUCGAGAGUUAAAAAAUAACAAAGAUGAUGGAUAUGCAUGCAAGAGAAAAUGCCAAUGUCGCAAGGUGCAGUGUGGCGUUUGGGUGGCAGCAUUGCAUGAAACAAGUUCGACACGUAGUCCGGUCCGAAGCGGUGACAUAUGCCAAGACGAUGGUGGCCUACUAUUCAAUGGAAUUUUGGAGAAUCGGUAG